UGCCUCUAGUCCGAAAAACCAAGAAGAAGUUUCGCUCUGUUUUUGGUGGUAAAAACCAGUCAAUAGUGCCAAAAGAGCUUUGUUUCAUUCAUCGUCAAUGGGUUUGGGUUCCCAACCCUCCUCCGUUACGAGGGCCACUAAAUGGCUCGGCUUCGUCACCGCCGUUUGGGUCCAAUCCAUUUCCGGCAACAACUACACUUUCUCCAACUACUCCGACGCACUCAAGACUCUCAUGAAUUUAACCCAACUCGAGCUUAACAAUCUCUCCGUCGCCAAAGACAUCGGCAAAGCUUUUGGUCUUCUAGCAGGUUUCGCUUCCGACAAAUUACCCACCUGGGCCAUUCUCCUCAUUGGUUCUCUCGAAGGUCUCAUCGGUUAUGGCACUCAGUGGCUCGUCGUUAGCGAAAGGAUUAAUCCACUCUCUUAUUGGCAGAUGUGCAUAUUCUUGUGCAUGGGAGGGAACAGCUCCACUUGGAUGAACACUGCGAUUUUGGUGACCUGUAUACGUAACUUUCGCAAGAACAGGGGACCAGUAGCGGGUAUUCUAAAGGGUUACGUUGGUCUGAGCACAGCAAUCUUCACCGUCAUUUGUUCGGCUUUAUUCAACGACGACCCGGCCCGUUUUCUCCUCAUGCUUUCCGUUACACCACUCGCCGUAUGCAUCGCCGCCAUGAUCUUCCUCCGUGAGAUUCCACCCUCCGAUUCCGCCUCCGAAGAUCAAGAAGAGUCUAGCUACUUCUGGCUCUUCAACGGCGUCGCUUUCGUCGUCGCCAUCUAUCUUCUCUCUUACCAAUUCAUCCCAAACCCUAGCAAACUCUUCUCUCAGAUUUUCGCUUCCAUUCUUUUGGCCCUCCUCGCUUCGCCGCUUUCCAUCCCGGUCUACUCGUUGAUAUCCGGCUGGUCCUCCUCGGAGCAGGGUUCGGAUCCCGAGACCCGGGUGACGGAGCCAUUACUAAAGCCAGAGACUACAGCGGAGGAACCGGUUAAGGAAGCGGUGGUUGUGGAGAAGCGGAAGCCGGUGAUCGGAGAAGAACACACGAUUUGGGAGGCGUUGCAGUGCUUAGAUUUUUGGAUUAUGUUUGUGUCGUUUUUGUGUGGAGUUGGGACUGGUUUGGCAGUGAUGAACAAUAUGGGUCAGAUUGGUUUGGCUCUUGGAUACGCCGACGUUUCGAUCUUCGUCUCCCUCACUAGUAUAUGGGGAUUUUUCGGUAGAAUUAUCUCCGGCAUGGUCUCCGAACAUUUUAUCAGGAAAGCUGGAACACCAAGGCCACUUUGGAAUGCAGCUUCUCAGAUUCUUAUGGCUGUUGGGUAUGUACUAAUGGCAAUUGCUAUGCCUGGUUCACUUUACAUUGGCUCAGUUGUUGUGGGAAUUUGCUAUGGUAUCCGAUUAGCUAUCACUGUACCAACUGCAUCUGAACUCUUUGGCCUCAAAUAUUAUGGUCUCAUUUACAACAUUCUGAUUCUCAACCUUCCACUUGGAUCAUUCCUCUUCUCUGGUCUCCUGGCCGGAAUCCUCUAUGACAUGGAGGCUACGCCGAUGGCCGGCGGCGGCAACACUUGUGUGGGUGGACAUUGUUACAGGAUGGUGUUUGUGGUCAUGGCAGUUGCCUGCAUUGUUGGCUUUGGAUUGGACAUUUUAUUGUCUAUUAGAACCAAAAACCUUUACGCUAAAAUCCAAGCUAGCAAGAGAUCAAAGAGAGGGGCUGUUCUGAAAUAAGAUGGUGAAAAUCUGUGUGGAUUUUGAAGUCAGAGGAUUGAUGGGCUUUUUGGCCAUGUGAUAUCCCCAUGUUAAGAAUCGGCUAGUUUGUCUUUUUUUUUCUCUAAAGAAGGAAGAAGACAACACUCUUCGAUUAAAUCAGCCAAAAAGAAAAAGAGUAUUCAUAUUACAUGUUGUAUGUGCUUGUAUAACCUACUUUCAUAUUCAAUUUUGUGCCUAUUAGUUUUCUUAUCAUCACUGCUAGCCCAUUUAUGGCCUAGUUUGUGAGUUGAAAAUUUCCCAAUUCAAUGCCAUAUUCCCAUUUUAUACGCA